UGUUGCUCUCUCCCACUUGCACAGUCGGCCGCAUGCAACGGCGGCAGCAGCAGCAGCAGCGCCUUGGUGGGGAUCCAGCCUUGCAGGUUGAUGUCUCAUCAGUUGAUUAGGCAGCCUUGUUGCUUCUUGCUUGGAAACGGCGGCGGCUGCUAAACUUUCUUUCGCGUUGUCUCCUCUCGGCUGCAGCUUCUGCUGCUGCUGCUGUUGGGAGUCCUCCUGCCCUUUGAUCCUCAGCCAUGACUCUUCGGGGGAAGCACUAGUUGCCCCCCCUACUUCUCCAUUAAUUCCCCUCUUUGCCCCCAUUCCUCUCUCCAAAUCCCUCCGGGUCUUCAUUUUUUGGUUUGUUUUAAUUGCAAAAAAAAAAAAGCACCCUCAAAAAUGGCGAGGGAGCGGGCGCCGGGGAAGAUCCGAUGCACGACGGCGCCGUUGCUGGUGCUGCUGGUCGCCGCGGCCGUGUUCUCUGGCUCGGAGGGGCAGCCGGUCUCCUUCCACGCAGAUGUGAAUGGCCACAGCUUGCACCCGCCUUACUUCAACCUGGCCGAGGGGACCAGGAUCUCGGCCACCGCGACCUGCGGCGAGGAAGACUCCGGCGCUAAGAUCCCCAGACCCGUGGAGGAUUUGUAUUGCAAACUCGUGGGCGGGCCGGUGGCAGGAGGGGACCCCAACCAGACCAUCCAGGGGCAGUACUGUGACAUCUGUUCAUCAGCAAACAGCAACAAGGCCCAUCCCAUCACCAAUGCUAUAGAUGGCACCGAACGCUGGUGGCAAAGCCCUCCUCUUUCUCGUAGGCUGGAAUUCAACGAGGUCAACGUCACCUUAGAUCUUGGACAGCUCUUCCAUGUGGCCUACGUUCUGGUUAAGUUUGCAAAUUCCCCUCGUCCAGACCUGUGGGUACUUGAGCGGUCAACUGAUUUUGGACUUAUGUAUCAGCCUUGGCAGUACUUUGCCUCUUCCAAGAGAGAUUGCAUAGAGAAAUUUGGCCCGAAGACUGUGGAACGGAUAACCAAAGAUGAUGAUGCCAUCUGCACCACUGAAUACUCCCGCAUUGUGCCCUUGGAGAAUGGGGAGAUUGUGGUCUCUUUGGUGAAUGGGCGUCCGGGAGCCAUGAACUUCUCUUAUUCUCCCCUGUUGAGGAAUUUCACCAAAGCCACCAACAUUCGAUUACGCUUCCUGCGGACCAACACCCUACUUGGGCAUCUGAUGGGAAAGGCCUUGCGUGACCCUACUGUGACCAGGAGGUAUUACUACAGCAUCAAAGAUAUCAGCAUUGGAGGACGGUGCGUAUGCCACGGUCACGCUGACGUCUGUGAUGCCCAGGACCCUACGGACCCUUAUAGGCUACAGUGUGACUGUCAGCACAACACCUGUGGUGGGUCAUGCGACCGUUGCUGCCCUGGGUUCAACCAAGUGCCCUGGAAACCAGCCACCACCAACAGUGCGAAUGAAUGUGAACCCUGUAAUUGCAACGGCCAUGCCUACGAUUGCUAUUAUGACCCAGAGGUUGAUCGUCACAAGACCAGCAAAAAUCGUGAUGGCCAGUUUACAGGCGGAGGUGUAUGCAUUGACUGUCAGCAUCACACAGCGGGCGUCAACUGUGAGAGGUGCGGCCCAGGAUACUAUAAAUCCCCAGAUCAUCCAGUAGAUUCACCGUACAUUUGCUAUCGUUGCAACUGUGACUCAGACUUCACAGAUGGCACCUGCGAGGACCUCACUGGCCGCUGUUACUGCAAGCCAAAUUACACAGGGGAGCACUGCGACUCAUGUGCAGAAGGUUAUGUGGACUUCCCCCACUGCUACCCUGAACCAGUUUUCUCUUACAAUGAUACUGGAGAGCAAGUCCUCCCAGCUGGGCAGAUAAUAAACUGUGACUGCAAUGUUGCUGGGACAAGAGGAAAUGCCUGUCGGAAAGAUGCUCAAACUGGAUUGUGUUUGUGUAAACCCAACUUCCAAGGGACCCAGUGUGAUCAAUGUGUGCCUGGGUACUAUGGACAAGGUUGCCAACCAUGCCAGUGCUCGGGCCCUGGCCACUAUGAUGGCACAUGCAACAAUGAAACUGGUCAGUGUCUGUGCCGAGCUGGAUUUGAAGGCUAUGCAUGUGAUGAGUGUGCUCCUGGCUACUUCAACUAUCCACUGUGUCAACUUUGUGGCUGCAGUGCUGUGGGAACAUUGCCGGAAGGCUGUGAUGCCUCUGGAAGAUGCUACUGUAAGCCUGAAUAUGAUGGGCCUCACUGUGAUCAGUGCAGCGUUGGAUAUCAUUCGUACCCUCACUGCCAAGCUUGCUCCUGUGACUCCCGGGGCGCUCUGGACAAUGACUGUAGCCCUGUUGGUCAGUGCCACUGCCACUCAAACUAUAUAGGCCACACAUGCAGCCAGUGUGCCCCAGGAUUUUAUGGGUAUCCUACCUGUACAGCUUGCCACUGUUCCUCCGAAGGCUCUCUCUAUGGUGCCUGCGAUCAGGAGACUGGGCAGUGCAGCUGUCGGCCCAGAGUGACUGGACUGCGCUGCGACACCUGUAUUCCAGGGGCUUACGGAUUCCCACAGUGUGAAGUGGGCUCUUGUAAUCCUGCAGGGCUUGCAAAUGCAGAUCCUCCCCUGCCAGUGGGCUCCUGCGAAUGUCGGGCUUAUGUAGAAGGCGAAGCUUGUGACAGGUGCAAGCCACUCUACUGGAACUUGACUCCAGAAAACCCAUUUGGAUGCAUGAGCUGUCAGUGUGACACCAUGGGAACAAUUGCAGGUGUUGCUGAAUGCCAGCAAAGUGACGGGCACUGUUUCUGCAAGCCCAACAUCUGUGGCCAGUUCUGUUCAUCAUGCAAAGAAGGAUACUACAACCUGGAGAGUGGGAAUUACUUUGGCUGUCAAGGAUGCCACUGUGACAUCGGUGGGUCAAUCGGACCUGUGUGUGAAGAGAAGACGGGAUCCUGUCACUGCAGACAGAAUACACAAGGCCCCACUUGCACUCAACCAACAAAAAACCAUUACAUCCCUGACCUUCACCACCUGAAAUAUGAGCUGGAAGAGGGAACUACACUGGAUGGGCGACCUGUUCGGUUUGGCUACAAUCCCCUGGAAUUUGAGAAUUUCAGCUGGAGAGGAUAUGCACAGAUGUCUUCCAUCCAGAACAAAGUCAAAGUCACAGUGCACGUGACAGAAGCAGAGAUCUAUCUUUUCCAUGUCAUCCUGAGAUAUAUUAAUUCAGGAAGUGCCACUGUGUAUGGCAAAAUUACAGCUUAUCAGCCACGAAGGAGAGAUACAGAACAGACUAAGCAGAUUGUAUUUGUGCCCACUAAAGAGCCAGCUUUUGUCACUGUUCCUCAGAACAGCUUUGGCGAGCCAUUUGUGUUGAGCCCUAAUGUGUGGUCUCUGGUCAUUGAAGUUGAGGAUGUACUGCUGGAUUACAUGGUCCUGCUGCCCAGCUCAUAUUAUGAAGCUCCUAUAUUGCAGCUAAAAGUCUCAGAUCCUUGUACCUAUGGCCCAGCUCCUGAACAAGUUGGUCAGAACUGCCUCCUGUAUAAGUAUGUGCCUGUGGACCAGUUCCCCUUUGGGUCAGGAGAAGAUGCUGUGUGCAAGCUAGACAACAGCUUACCGAGACCCUGUCCUAAGGAGCAGAUUUUGCCUACAUACCCUGAGAUGGUGGAAUGCAGCGGAAGUGAUGUGGAAAUACAGCUGUGGAUUGCUAUGCCCAAGCCAGGGAGGUAUGCAGUUCUGGUUGAAUAUGCCAAUGAGGAUGCUCCGCAGACAAUCAGGGUAGCAGUCAGCUCACCACAGCUUGCCAUUCAGCAGGGCACUCUCAAUAUAUACACCUGCAAGUACAGUUUCCUUUGCCGUGGGAUGGUUUUAGACCCACUAAAUCGCUUGGCAGCUUUUGAACUGGCCACGGAAGCUACAAUUCAGUUCACCGCAGAUCAGGCCCAUUUUUACCUAUACAAAGUGUAUAUGGUCCCAUAUGAACAAUUCACGCUGGAAUUUGUGGAGCCAAAGGUCCAUUGCAUCAGUGUCCAUGGAGCAUUUUCACCCAACAGUAGUUCCUGCAUCCCAUCACGUUAUCAAAAGAUCUCACAGUCAGUUGUCCUGGAGGAAGGACAGCUACUACCAGUUGCUCCAGGCUUCCCCCUGAUUCAUGCCUUCAGUGUCCCUCCAGCGGGUAUCUUACCUGCAUCUCCGCUUCGGCCUCCCACCCUGUUAGACUCCUCUGCAGAGCUCAUCCUGUUAAAGCCUCCCCAGACAGCCAUUGUGCUCAAUGGCCACAUCCAGAGUCUGGGGCGCUACGCCUUCAUUCUGCACUGUUACCAACCCAGUCACCCAACAUUUCCUGUGGAAGUAUUGAUCAAUGGUGGACGUAUUUGGCAGGGACAAGCUAAUGCUACUUUCUGCCCUCAUGGAUAUGGCUGUCGAAGUCUGGUAGUUUCAGAAAACCAGAUUGUCUUGGACAUUACAGAUAAUGACCUGAAUGUGAUCAUUCGUGUGCCAGAGGAUAGGCAUCUUUGGCUGGACUAUGUCCUCGUGGUUCCUGAAGACAGUUAUGGUUCCAGUUACCUUUCAGAGGAACCGCUGGACAAAUCCUAUGAUUUCAUCAGCAACUGUGGAGUCAACAGCUUCCAUAUCAACCCUGUGACAUCCUCCAAGUUCUGCCAGGACUCUGCCAUAUCAAUCUCUCUUUUUUACAACAACGGGGCCCAGCCUUGCCAUUGCCAUGAUGCCGGAGUCAUGUGGAGCCAGUGCGAGCCAUUUGGUGGCCAGUGUGCUUGCAAGUCAAAUGUCAUCGGGCGAGAGUGUUCCCGCUGUGCUACUGGCUAUUGGGGUUUCCCCAACUGCAGACCCUGCAACUGUGGAAGUCGCCUAUGUGACGAACUGACAGGACAGUGCAUCUGUCCACCACGCACCAUCAAACCAGAGUGUACUGUCUGUGAGCCCCAGACCUUUGGCUGUCACCCACUGGUUGGCUGUGAGGACUGCAAUUGUUCCCGUCCUGGGACCCAAGAUCUGGCAGGGCCAGGAUGUAACGUAGACAGUGGGCAGUGCAGAUGCAAGCCCAACAUAGUAGGACGUCAGUGUGAUCUCUGUGCCCCGGGCUAUUAUGGCUACCCAAACUGCAGGAGCUGCAACUGCCACCAAGCAGGGACAAAAGCAAGUGUGUGUGAUCCAAUCACUGGGGAGUGUCACUGCAAGGAAAAUGUUGAAGGUCCAAGGUGUGACCAGUGUCACCUGGGGACCUUUUCUCUGGAUGCCAGCAACCCCAAAGGCUGCACCAGGUGCUUUUGCUUUGGGGCAACAGACCGCUGUCACAGUGCUGAGAAGUACCGUGUAGAGUUUAUGGACAUGCGUGGGUGGAGUUUGUUAAGCGGAGACCGUCAGGAGGUCCCCACCUUGGUCAGCUUGGAAGAUGAGAUUGUUCGGGCUGAUCUCCGAAAUUUUCCAGAGGCCUUCCAGGAGCUUUACUGGCAUGCUCCCAGCUCCUACCUUGGAGACCAGUUGCAGGUUUCCUCCUAUGGUGGGUAUUUACGCUAUGAGCUGCACUCGGACACUCGACGUGGUGAUGUGUUUGUACCGAUAGAAUCCCGACCUGAUGUUAUCCUCAAGGGAAACCAAAUGAGCAUUAUGUUUCUUGAAAGCGCCUACCCUGUCCCUGGGGAAGUCUAUGAAGGGCAGCUCCAACUUUUGGAGGAUAACUUCAGGCACACUGAGACACACAACCCCGUGUCUAGGGAAGAGCUGAUGAUGGUUCUGGCUAAGCUGGAGCAGCUGCAGAUCCGGGCUCUCUUCUCCCAGAUCUCAUCUUCUGUGUCCCUGCAUCGGGCGACACUUGAGAGAGCAACAGAGACUGGCGGGGGCCUCCAAGCCAGCAACGUGGAGCUCUGCAUGUGCCCAGCCAAUUAUAGAGGAGAUUCUUGCCAGGAAUGUGCUCCAGGCUAUUACAGGGAUACCAAAGGUCUCUUCCUGGGAAAAUGUGUUCCAUGUAAUUGCAACGGUCAUUCGGAUCGGUGCCUUCCGGGGUCUGGAAUAUGCUUUAACUGCCAGCACAACACAGAGGGAGAUCGCUGUGAAAAGUGUAAGGACGGUUUCGUGGGGAACUCUUCACUGGAUGGACCUCUGCAGUGCAUAGGAUGCCCCUGCCCUCUUUCGGUUGCAUCUAACAACUUCGCCAUUGGAUGUGUCCACAAAGGCUCUACCACUCAGUGUCUCUGCAAGCCGGGUUACGCUGGAGUUUCAUGUGAACGGUGUGCUCCAGGUUACUAUGGGAACCCUUUGGUGAUUGGCAGCUCCUGCCAGCCUUGUGACUGCAGUGGGAAUGCUGAUCCCAACAUGCUCUUCAGUGACUGUGACUCGUUGACAGGAUUCUGCACAGGAUGCAUGUACAACACGGCAGGCCCCCACUGUGAAGUGUGCGCCCCAGGUUUUUACGGCGAUGCGGUGCUGGCAAAGAACUGCACUCAAUGUACCUGUAUGUCCUGUGGGACCGACUCAUGUGACCCUAGAACUGGCCAGUGUCACUGUAAACCUGGAGUGACAGGUCAGCACUGCGACCACUGUCAGGAAGGGCACUAUGGCUACGAAACGUGCUUGGGUUGCCAGAGGUGCGACUGUGAUAUUGGAUCUGUGAGCACAGACUGUCAUGCCCAGAAUGGCCAGUGUAAUUGCAAUCCAGGAGUGAGUGGCUCCCGUUGCCAGCAGUGUACCCCUGGCUACUGGGGGUUCAGUGCAAAUGGCUGCUUAAAAUGUCAGUGCAAAGGAGGAUCCUGUAACCCACGUACAGGAGAAUGCACCUGUUCCAAUGGCCUGACUGGGAAGCAGUGCGACACCUGUAUAAAGAAGCAUGAGAUCCCUGUGGUAGAUGGCCCAGACAACAUGAGAUGUGAAGCUUGUGACAGCUGCGUGCUGCUCCUGCUGGAAGAUCUUGAGAAGAUUGAAAACGCCUUUCCUGCCAUCAGACACCAGCUAACAAGCCUCAACUCUACCUCCAUCGCAUGGGCCCGUCUGCAUAGCGUCAAUGGCUCUAUGCAAGCCAUCACUAGCCAACUCCGUGAGUAUCAGAGGUCCCUAAACAGGGCUAGGCAGCUGGCUGAUGAGCUGGAAGAGGAGAACACAGACUUUGUUCAGGAUCUGAACGCACUUCAACAUAAGGCAACAAUGACCCACAGGAAAGCAAAUCAAGUAACAGAAAGCACAGAAGAGAACUACCAACAAGCAGAGAGCCUUGUUCUAGAUAUCACUAAAAUUCGGAACAAAAUUGAUGAACUUGUAUGCCAGAUGGAGACUUUUACCACUGCAAAUGACAGCACCACCUCCACAGAAGAGUUCCGGCAGAAGAUGGCUGAGGUAGAUGCGAUACUGAGGCAUAUGAAGGCCAUGGAUUUUAGUUUCCAAAGGGCAACAGCUGUUGAGGAACAUGAUGAAGCCCAGAAAUUGCUGGAUCACGUGAAGACUGAGCUUUUCAGCAAGCUGGAGUCCAACCAAGAGCUGGUGAACCAAAUCAAUGGCCAGUUGGAUCAGUACAGUUCAGAGCUGAUGGACCUGCGAGAUGCCCUGAAUGAAGCUGUGAAUAAAACCCGUCAGACAGAGGACCUCAACAGCCUGAACCGUAAUCACCUGGAGGAAACCCAGCAAAAGAGCAAGGAACUGCAGGAACAGUAUGGCCUGGUCCAGGAUACCUUGCACAUGGCUGAAGACUCCCUUGCCCAGGUCUCUGACUUCCUGCAGAUAAUAGAAAAUGCCAAGGAGGAAUCUGAGAAGUUAGCAGCCCAGCUGGAUGGAGCCAAAUACCCCUUGUCAGAGAAGGCAAAGGAGUACUCUCUUGCCAGCACCAAGAUCCCUGUUGUUGAGGCGGCUGAAGAGCAUGCAAAGCUUCUAGAUGAACUGGCAAGAAACCUGUCCAGCAUCAUCCAUGGCACAAACCAGGAUGGAUUUAUUCAGCGAGCAAUCAAUGCCUCCAAUGCCUAUGCCAGCAUCAUUGAGGCAGUGAGGAAUGCACAGCGUGCAGCUGAUGAAGCUAAUCAUGCUGCCGGUGAAGCUUUGACGAGUGUCAUCUUGGAUGAUCUUGGGGCCAGGUCAAAAGAGAUGAAGAAAAAUAGCACGGCCUUAGAAGAAGCUGUGAAGAGGGAGCAGAGAAAGCUCAGCGGAGACAUCAAGCAAGCACUACAGGCAGUGAAGGACAGAUUGGAUGGCAUCCGAACAAAGAAAGAACAACUUCAGAGCCAGCUGCAGGCAGUAAAAAGCACAUUGGACACAGUCCAAGACGGCACAGCAGAAGCCAUCCAGAAGGCCAAAGACGCUGCUGCAGAGGCAAACGAGACCGUGGCCAGGAUGGAAGGAAGAUUGAGCAAUAUGAAAAAGAAUCUUGAUGAGUGGAAGGGACAAUAUGGAGACCUCAAAAGUGAAGAUUUAAAUCAAGCUGUCCAAGAUGCCAAGAACACAGUAUCAAGCCUUGAGAACACCCUCCCGUUGCUUCUGGGAAAGCUGAGCAAUCUGGAGAACAGAAGAAGCCACAAUGCAACUGUUUCAGACAAUAUCCAGAGGGUGCGCCAGCUGAUAUCACUGGCCCGGAAUGCCGUUAGUAAGAUCAAAGUCCCUGUGAAGUUCAAUGGGACUUCAGGUGUGCAAGUCCGAACUCCUAGCAACCUCCAGGAUUUGGCUGCCUACACCUCCCUCAAAUUCUAUAUCCAGAAUCCAGAGCCCAAACUGAGACAGAAGCGUCAAAAUGGAGAUGACCUGGGCCGUUUUGUGUUGUACCUGGGUCACAGGGAUGCCACCGGUGACUACAUGGGCAUCAUCCUGAAAGACCGCAAAGUGCAAUGGGUCUAUAAACUAGGUGAUGAGGAACCGGCACAUUUAACUGUCGAUGAAGAAAUUGGAGAACAGUUUGCUGCAGUCAGCAUCAACAGGAUUUUGCAGUACGGACACAUGUCUGUGACAGUGGAGAAGCAAACUUUGCACGAAACGAAAGGAGACAGCGUUGCCAAAGGAGAGCAGGGACUGUUCAACUUCAGGCCCCACAAUGUGGUCUUGUAUGUGGGUGGCCACCCCUCCAGCUUCACGCCUCCCGUGCCGCUGCGCUAUCCAAACUACCAAGGCUGUAUAGAGAUGGAUUCCCUCAACGAGGAGGUGGUAAGCCUGUACAACUUUCAGCGCACUUUCCACUUGGACACUGCUGCCGAGAGGCCUUGCACAAGGUCUAAAUCAACAGGUGAUCCAUGGCUGACUGAUGGCUCCUAUUUUGACGGUACUGGUUAUGCUGAAAUUAUGUUUGAAAGCCAGAUUGGGUUCAUCAAGCGCUUUGAACAAGAAAUGCGGCUGGUUACCUACAAUGGAAUUCUUUUCUUCCUGAAAUUUCAGAGCCAACUGCUCUGUUUGGCCGUUCAGGAAGGAAAGCUGGUGCUGUACUAUGACUUCAGUGGAGGCCUUAAGGUAGCACCACCCUCCAAGGAUCCUGGCACUCUGACAGUCAGCAGCAACACAAAUAAAGCGAUCCAAAUAUUCCUCCUCAAAAUGGGUGCCAAGGAUCGCAUUCUGGUGCGUCUGGAACAGUCUACCGUUUUCAUGCUGGAGCAGGAAAACAACUUGCAAAGUGCCACUUCCUAUUACCUGGGUGGUGUGCCCAUGUCCAUUCUGCCUGACAGCCUGAAGAAAAUAUUCCCCAAAGGCGGAUCCAUCAGAGGUUGCAUGAAAGGACUGAAAGCUCUUGGAAAAUACGUUGACUUAAAGCGUAUGAACACCACAGGAGUGAGUUAUGGGUGUACCUCUGACCUCCUGGUGGCUCGCUCAGUUAAACUUCAUGGCCAUGGCUUCUUGACUCUGUCGCUGCGGAACGUACCCUCUUUACAAGAUUUCUACACUGGUUUCAGCUUCCGCACCAGCCAAAGCCGUGGCUUGAUGUACCACCACUCUAUGGAGGAAGGGAUCUGCCAGGUUUCCUUGCAGAAUGGUAGAGUGGCUGUUAGCGUCUUGUCUACAGAGCUCAUCACAAAGAAUGCAUAUGCCGACGACACAAGCCACUAUGUUGCUAUCUACAGCGACUCUGCAGGGCUCCGGCUUUACAUUGACGACCAGCUUCAGGGAACCAAACCAGGGCCUGAGCGCCACAGGAGGCAGAAGCGACAAGAUGAGGCAGCCCUCUUUCAUCUGGGUGGCAUGCCUAAGGCCAGUGAAAUUGGCAACCUCACAGGGUGCAUUGGGAAUGUCUUUGUCAGACGGAAAUCAGACCCACAGGUGGUUGUGGACCUGCAACAGAGCACUGAGAGUUUCAACGUGACAAUGAACUGCCCCAGGGAGCGGCAGCCCCACCAGAUGAGGGCAUCGGAGAAGAAGGGCCAGUGGAAGCCUAAGGUGACAAGCAACACAAUGCUGAGAGAUAUGAACUGCCGUCUACCCAAAUACCCCAAAGCCAUUAAGGAUACCUUCCAGUUCGGCGGAUUCCCAGUGAGUCGUUUGGAAUUUGAUGACAUUCCAACAACAUUCCAUGAAAGGUUUUACUUCUCUAUGGAGGUCAGGCUGAACUCUUCCAAUGGCCUCCUGUUUUACAUGGCCAGUGAAUCUCUGGGCUCCUUCUUCUCCCUCUUUGUAUCCAGCGGCCGUUUUGUGCUCUCGGCUGAUAUCAGUGGAAAGAAACUGAGACUCAGGACCAAAGACAAGUACCAUGAUGGAAGGUGGCACACAGUCUUCUACAGCAAAGACAAAAACAGAGUUCAGCUCAUCAUUGAUGGACUGAGAGCCCAGGAGAAGUCAUUGCCUGCUGCUGGGGACUUUUGGAUCCCUAGCUCUUUUUACGUUGGUGGAGCCCCUGUGGAGAAAGUCAAGGCUCAUAUACCAGAUGCUUCUGCUAACAGCUUUAAGGGGUGCCUCAGGCACUUGAAACUAGACAAGAAGCCUCUGGUCUCACCAUCCCGCUUGUUUGGUGUCACCCCUUGUUACGUGGGCCCUUUGGAAAGUGGCAUCUUUUUUUCUGCUGACGGAGGAUACAUAACUCUAGACAGGUCCGUGGCUAUUGGACAGGACUUUGAGUUAAUGCUGGAAAUUCGCCCACGGAGCAUGUCUGGCUUGAUAUUUCACAUUGGCACAAGACAAACAAACUACCUCAGGCUGUAUACAGACAGCCAAAAGGUCACUGUGAUUGCAAACACUGGUGCUGGGGAAUUCACCACCUCGGUGACCCAACCUUCACUCUGCAAUGGGCAGUGGCAUACGCUAGCAGUAAUCAAAGGCAGCAAUGUAAUCCAGUUAGAUGUGGACACAGAGGGAAAUUACACGGUAGGACCCAAUGAAGCCCACACUGCUUUCAUCAAAGAGAACUUCUACCUCGGUGGAAUGCCAGAACUCAAAGGCGGUGGUCUCCCUUUGGCACAUAUGGCUCAUCUCCCCACUUACGUUGGCUGCAUGAAGAACUUGGUGAUAAACCGGAACCAAAUUAACCUAAGGGAAGCUGGGGCUGUCGUGGGGUCGGUAGGGCUCACAGGGUGCCCCUUUAUGUAAAAACAAUUGAUGCACAAGUGUCAGGUCAGGGCUACCGAAAGCUGUACCGCCCUCCACGAAGCCAAUAGGGAUCCUCUUUGGAGGGCCAAACGUAACAUUCCAUGCUGCCCGAGACCACGGUCAAAUGUUCAGUCCCAACAGCAGAGGUGGGGAGGGGGACCUCAUCCAUUUUUAAUUAAUGCACACCUACAUUUACAUAUUCUCCCCCUCCAUGUCAGCAAUAAGGUUUUUGACUAGGGUAAGUGCAUAUGGUAUAGUUGUAAUAGAGCACUGGUUCUCAAACUUUUUCUCUCAUGGACCACUUGAAAAUUGCUGAAGGUCUCGGGGGACCUCUCAGUGAUUUCUCUGCCUGUUGUAGCAUUGUAAUGCACUGUGCUAGAUGCUGUACGGUUUUAAAUUGUAUUUUUAUUGUUUUAUUUCGUAUUCUGUAUCAUAUUGAAUUAUAAUUUGAGUUCCACAGAAUUAAACUUGUAACACAAUAAAAUAUAAAAUAAUAAAAGCAGCAAUAAAAAUACAAUAAAUAUCUUUAUGGAUUAUUUAAUAUGGACAUGUCACGAACCACCUGAAUGAAGCUUGUGGAAGACUGGUGGUCCACAGACCACUGUUUGGGAACCCCUGUAAUAAGAGUGUUGUUGAAACACAAGUUGUCCUCUCUCUCCGGUCCCUGUGAGAUUGUAUUCAAGAUGCAUCUGUCAAGGCACUGUUUUAAACUACUGCAUCACCAAGCUGUAAGACCCAAGCAUGUCUACAUAUGAAUACAUUACUGCUGGCAUCAUCUCAGUUGCGUUUCAUCGUUUCCAAACAGCUAGAAGCACACGAACAGUGUGGUCGGGGUAGUGUUUGUAUGCAAAACUGCAAGAUGCAAGCCUCUGAGCUUCAAAGCAUUGUGUUCGGUGCCUGGUGAGGGGGAGACUAGACAAUUACAUUUGAGGAAUACAAUAUUUCGUAAGUUGUUGGUGCUUCCCACUAAGUUAAUGAGUAAAGUUUAUUUAAGUACAUUGAUAUAAGUGAGUCUGCUCUGGCUUUGGCAGAUAAACCCUUAAUGUAUGAGCCGGAAAGGAUGCAUGAAUAAAAUGCACCUAUGUUUCCUUUCCAACCAAUGGGCAGUGUUCAAUUAAACAGUUGCAUGUGUAUGCAAGGAUAACCACUAGCGAACAGGACUCCUCCUCCCCUCCCCGUGCCAUCCUCAAGUCUGCUCCAAAGGUUUGGGGGAAACCCCUAGAACAGAUUUAGAGGGAAGGGGGAGAACAUUAUAGAAUCAUAGAACAGUAGAGUUGGAAGGGGGCUACAAGGCCAUUGAGUCCAACCCCCUUCUCAAUUCAGGAAUUCAAAUUAAAUCAUACCCAACAGGUGGCUGUCCAGCUGCCUCUUAAAGGCCUCCAGUGUCACCACCUCCCUAGGUCAUUGGUUCCAUUGUUGUACCACUGUUGUUGUGCAAGGAGAAAUUCUUGUAUUGACAGGCUAUUUGCCUUAGCGUUAUGUCGAACACAACCCAAUGCAACCCUCUGUCCACAGCAGGUAGGAAGUUUAGUACUUUCCUUGUAACCUCUGCCUGCUAUUGCCCAAGGGCAGGAGGAGGGUGGAGGAUUAAACUGCUUUUUAUAGGAAAGAAAAAGGGUCAGCUGAUUCUCAUACUGCUAUUCUCAGUUCUUGCUUGGGUGUAAUGUCUCCAACUUCCCUUGCAGCGACAAACUUCACAAACCUUCCACUGUAUGGGCCACUUAUGCACUUAAGAGAUGUCCUUAUAUAUGUAUUUGUGUGUAUAUAUAUCUCAUCACAUGAGUCAAGCUCCUGGUUUUGAAAAGGACUUUAUAACUUAUCAAUAUAUUGGUUGUUUUAAUGCUGGGGUACAUAUUGUAAAAAUUUGUUUUAACAAGUCUUGGUUUCUCCUUCAACAAAUGUAAUUAUCUGUUUUAAGGUGUACUAUUAAGGGAUAUCUGUAAAUCACUGGUACAUACUUUUAAUUCA